UCGAUAUGUUGUGUUGACAUUGGCCCUUGUAUUGUUUAUAUUUUGUGUUUUGUAUGGCAGCGGGAAUUGUGUUGUGGUUGUGUGAAUUAAAAUUGAACGCACCAUGUUAAAGCAGUGUCUAAUCAAUGUGGACUUUUCGCGGCUGCAUGCCAAACAGCAGCUGCUUCCCAAAUGUGGCGAAAUAUUCUAUGAGAGCGAUAAUGAAGACUAUUUCAGCUUCCAAUUGGUUUGUUGUCUCUGCGAGAUGAAGCAUUUUGGUUUCGACGAUUUCUCGAUGCACAUACGCAACGUGCAUUUCGACGAACACGGCAAACCACGCACACAUUCCAUCAUUGCCAACCAGCAGACUUCUGCCAUCUUAGGAACAGAAGAGCCUUCAGAGGACGAGCAACUACUGGAGCAGGAAGAGGAUGAGGAAGAUGUUGAUUAUAAAGAUGAUGUAGUUGAGACUGCAUCGCGCAUUUGUGAAUUUAAUGAGGUUAAAAUAGAGGAGGACCACAUCUCGCAGAGCGACAGUGAAUUGGACCCAGCAGCCGAUCAGGAUGGCAGCGAUGCGGAAGCCGCAGCUGAAAGUGAUUUGGAAGACCAAACGGUAUUCAAGCGACAACGCCAGCCCAAGGAGUACAAGUGCGAGCAUUGUGCCGGUAAAUACACCACACUAAAGUAUUUGAAUAUCCACCUGAAGAUGAGUCAUCCGCAUCCUAAGGGCUUCAAGUGCGACGACUGUGAGGCCACCUUCGAUGUGGAGCGUGCCCUGCAGACACAUCGUCGCAAGCUCCACACACAAUUCAAUUGCCAUCUCUGCGACAAAGUAUACAAAAGCUCCAGGACACUAAUGCGUCAUUUGCAGGCACAUUCGGGAUUACGUCAGUACAAAUGCGAGGUUGAUAACUGUGGCAAAUCCUUUAACAGUCAACACAACUUGACGUCGCAUCGGCGUGUCCACAACACCGAUCGCAACUAUGUGUGUGAACUGUGUGGCUAUCGAUCGCGGUAUCGCGAUGCUUUGAUUGUCCAUCGACGGACGCAUACAGGCGAGAAACCCUUCAAGUGUCAGACUUGUUCCCGCUGCUUUGCCUCCAAAUCGCUGCUGAACGAACAUCAGGCCAUGCACUCCACAGAGCGUCCGUAUAAGUGCGACAAAUGCGAAGCAGCCUUCUCACGCCCCAAGGCAUUGUAUCAUCACAAGCAUCUGCAUUUGGGCAUCAAGAAGUUCAAGUGCAAGAUCUGCGGCAAUGCUUAUGCCCAGGCAGCGGGACUCUCGGCUCACAUGCGUGGACACAAGGCGCAGGCCGUGAGUGGCAUUGCCGCCGAGGCAGCGGUAACAUCGUUGACGCCCUAUUAACUAGCCAUUAAGGUUGGGAAGCAAAGGCUACCAGGCGACCUCGAAUCUGACUACUGAAUAUUAAUCAAAAAACACUUCAUUUUGUGCUUUUCACCGUUGUUAUGUAUUAUGUCCAUUGUCAUUAGAUCUAAUCGGAAUUGUAAUUAAACAUUUUUGUUAAGAAACAACUA